CACGAUUUUGGCGUCAAAUCAUCAGAUUCAAUCUAUACUUCGUGUUCAUCCUGGAUGUUUCCGAGAAAAGUCUAUCUAUAUCCCUUAACUCACUUCCUGGGUACGACAUAAAAUGCGCCGCUUCGAAAGAAUCUACGAUGUGGUAGAGCCUGUUGAAGAGUAUCGUCAUGGGGGGUAUCAUCCUGUGCACCUUCACGAUGUAUUUUACCAACGCUACAAAAUCAUUGGGAAGCUAGCUUUUGGCCAAUACUCAACGGUAUGGCUCGCAAAGGAUCAAAAGCUGUGAGUACAUUCUUGCGAACCAUGACAUCGAAAAUAAAAGUAACAGGCUGGUAAUACCUCGAAGAGGUUCGCAACAAGUCGUAUUGAAGAUACUAAAGGCAG